UAUACUUACCAUACCAAAGCCAAGAAUCUAGCACCAAGAUUCAAAAAGGAGGUGUUACUGAUAGAUAAAAAAAAAUAGUUUAGCCCAAGCAAUAGCUUAAUCAACAAGGCACGCAUUUGGACGGUAAGCAGAAAUCCAUCUGAAACGGCACGCCAACACAUCUGGUUCAGAGUUCAGACUACUUAAUCUGAACAUAGCAGUGGAUUGCCGUGGCAAACAACCAAAGCAUGUUCGUUCGUACUGGUGGUAGGAUGACUAUAUAAGCCGAUGCACAGCCGAGCAUACAAGCAGCACAGCCAAAACACAAAAGUAAUCGAGCAAAGAGAGGAGGACAACAUAAGGUAGGGGCCAGGGUACCUGAAAUGGCCACCAUCCGAGCUCUGGCCACCAUGGCCAUCGUCUUCAUGGUCGCUCUCUCCACCUCCCACGUCGCAUCCUCGCUUCGGCCCAGCCUCGGUGUCUGCCGUGCCAGUGGCUACCUCCCCGGCAAGUCAGGCAACUGCGAGAAGAGCAAUGACCCGGACUGCUGCGUCGACGGCAAGCGGUACCCUCAGUUUCACUGCUCGCCACCCGUGACAUCAAGCACCAAAGCUGUGCUGACGCUCAACAGCUUCGAGAAGGGCAAGGACGGCGGCGGCCCGUCGGAGUGCGACAAUUCUUACCACAGCGACGAGGAGAUGGUCGUCGCGCUGUCCACCGGCUGGUUCAACAACAUGUCUCGCUGUGGACACCGCGUCAAGAUCACCGCGAAUGGUAACUCUGUGUACGCCAAGGUGGUGGAUGAGUGCGACUCCGUGCAUGGCUGUGAUGAUGAGCACAACUUCGAGGCACCCUGCGACAACAACAUCGUCGAUGCUUCACCGGCGGUGUGGAACGCCCUAGGGCUUGACCAGAGCAUUGGCGAGCAGGACAUCACCUGGUCUGAUGAGUGAGCAGCUUGACUGCAUAGCAGUCAUACAGCAAAAGUCAUUUUCUGUACAAAAGUUAUCUAGCGUGCACAGAGUUAUAGGGAGGUGCAUGGUUCAGUAGUAUGAUUGUAAU